AUGGAUCCAACCAUCCCAGCCUUGGGUAUAGAACUGACAUCAAUCAAUAGGACUGAGGAGACCCAUCUUCAACAUUGCGGCAUGGAGAUCAUAAUCCUCACGUUGCUGCUCCUCAUCGUUGACCUGGUCUGGCUGGUAGGAAAUGCAGUCGUGCUCUGGCUCCUGGGAUUCCGCAUGCACAGGAACACCUUCUCCCUCUACAUCCUCAACCUGGCCCGGGCCAACUUCCUCUGCCUCUGCUCCCAGAUUUUCUACAGUGUGAAUUUCUACAGUGACUUCUUCCUUUCCAUCUCCACCUAUUUCACCACUGUGAUGACCUUUCUCUACUUUACAGGCCUGAGCAUGCUGGGCUCCAUCAGCACCAAGCGCUGCCUGUCCAUCCUGUGGCCCAUCUAGUACCGCUGCCGCCACCCCACACACCUGUCAGCAGUCGUGUGUGUCCUGCUCUGGGCCCUGUCCCUGCUGUGGACCAUCCUGGAGUGGAUGUUCUGUGGCUUCCUAUUUAGUGGUGCUGAUUCUGUUUGGUGUCAAACAUCAGAUUUCAUCACAGUCAUGUGGCUGAUUUUUUUACGUGUGGUUCUCUGUGGGUCCAACCUGGUCCUGCUGGUCAGGAUCCUUUGUGGAUCCCAGAAGAUGCCGCUGACCAGGCUGUACAUGACCAUCCUGCUCACAGUGCUGGUCUUCCUCCGCUGUGGCCUGCCCUUCGGCAUUCAGUUUUUCCUAUUUUUCUGGAUCCACGUGGAUUGUCACAUUCGUCUAGUUUCCAUUUUCCUGUCCGCUCUUAACAGCAGUGCCAGUCCCAUCAUUUACUUCUUCAUGGGCUCCUUUAGGCAGCUUCAAAACAGGAAGACUCUCUAGCUGGUUCUCCAGAGGGCUCUGCAGGACACGCCUGAGGUGGAUGAAGGCGGAUGGCGGCUUCCUGAGGAAACCCUGGAGCUGUCGGGAAGCAGAUUGGGGCCAUGA